AUGGAAGUGAAUAGAAGAAAUUUUUUGAAGAAACGUUCUAAUCCCCAGUUCAAGAGAAAAGGGGCCCCUAGGAAAGGACAAGGGCAUAUAUCUGUGCGUGAACAUUCUCCUGAAAGCUCUCAUUUUUCUGAGACGGUAUAUCGUAUACUUUGUCAAUCAAAGAAGAUCGGUAGUGUCAUUGGGAAAGGUGGUAAUAUAGUAAAAGCCCUCAGAGAAGAGACCCAAGCAAAGAUUACAGUUUCAGAUUCUGUUCCUGGCUCAGAUGAGAGAGUGAUAAUUAUAUUCAGUCCUUCUGACAAAAGAGCAAAGGUAUAUAAUGACAAUAAGGAUGGAGAAGAUCCUCAAGCCGAGAAAGAAGAUAGUGUCGUGAAUCCACAUUGUGCAGCACAAGAUGCUCUCCUCAAAGUUCAUGACAGGAUUGCUGAGGAGGAUCUUGGUGGAGCAGGAAAUGAGGAUGAAAAUGAAAUAGUGAUCACUGCACGUCUUCUUGUUCCAAACAACGUAGUGGGAUGUCUUUUAGGUAGAAAGGGAGAUGUCAUUCAAAGAUUACGCAGUGAGACUGGUGCAAACAUCCGUGUUCUACCUGCCGACCAUCUUCCUGCCUGUGCUAUGAGCACUGAUGAAUUAGUUCAAAUUUCAGGUAAACCUGCAAUUGCAAAGAAAGCUCUGUAUGAAGUGUCUACUCUUUUGCAUCAGAAUCCACGGAAGGACAAACCUCCUUUGGGUUUUCCCGCUCCCCAUGUUAGUCAAGGAUUUCCUUCUGGUCCUCCCUUGGAAAAUAUGCCCCCCCCAGGAAAUUCACCUUGGCGCCGCCAUGAUAUUGAUUCCCAGAGUUUGCCACCUAUGCCGUGGAAGGGGGAAUAUGGGACCCGUCCAUCAGGAUAUGGACCCGAUGACUUUGAUGGUGUUCCUCCUCCACAUGGCCGGGAAGCUCCAAUUGAAUUCGCUAUGAAAAUCCUCUGUUCUGCUGAAAAGAUUGGCAGUGUGAUUGGCAAGGGAGGCUUCAAUGUAAAACAAUUACAGCAGGAAACUGGAGCCAGUAUUCAUGUUGAGAAUGUCUCUGCAGUCUCAGAUGAAAGAGUAAUUCGUGUCUCUUCGUUUGAGGUUCUUUGGGAACAAAGAUCACAAACUAUUGAUGCCAUUCUUCAACUACAAAAUAGAACAAGUGAGUACUCUGAGAAGGGCACAAUCACGACAAGACUUCUUGUUCCAUCAAGCAAGGUCGGCUGCAUUCUUGGACAAGGAGGUCAUGUCAUCAAUGAAAUGAGAAGGAGAACCAACGCAGACAUACGUGUUUUUUCCAAGGAAGAGAAGCCCAAAUGUUCAUCAGAAGAUGAAGAGCUUGUGCAGAUAUCUGGAAAUGUUGGGGUUGCUAAAGAUGCCUUAGCUGAGAUUGCUUCAAGACUUAGAACGAGAUGUUUGCGUGAUGUUAAUGCCAGAGCAGAACCUGCUUCUGUUAAGCCAAUCCCAGGAUUUGGUUCUACAAGAAACUUGCGAGAUGGAGGCCUACCACUAUCAAGUUCUACCAGAGCUGGAAGCUCUGGAAGACAUGAAUAUUUGAAGGUUGGUUUUAGGGAGUAUGAACCUCCAAGUUUUCCGGUUCCUCCACGCUCGACUGGUUACACGAGUGUCAGCCAUGCGAUGGAGGCUUCAAUUUCAAACAAUGCUGUUAGUUCUGUCAUGGGAACUGGAGGUAGCUAUGUCCGUGAGAUUGCUGGGACAAGGAUGAAGCUCCAGGAUCCCCGUUCUGGUGGUGCUGAUUUUGGGGCUUCCAAGCAUUUCAAUGCCUCACAAAGUUCACACCUGUCAUUUGCUUCUUCUACUGGACCCAAUAACAGUCAUUAUCAAGGUGUCUAUCAGAGCUAUAAUUCUCAGUACGGGACAUAUCCAAACAUGAAUCCUUCUCAAGCCCCCUAUUAUGACUCUAAUCCUCAACAAGCUGUGUACGAGAAUGUAUUCUCGCAGCAGGGUCCUUACCAGAAUCCAAGUACUCAAGGUCCUUAUCAAUAUUGA